AUGCAACAAACACUCUCAUGCCACCAACGGAUAAUCACGACAUCAACGACAUCGAUUGGGGCCGCACUGCCUGGGUCUGAGGGCGCCUUCGCCCGCGAUUUUUCGGAUGGAAGCGGGGCCAUCAAGUGUAACAACUCAUCCUGCCCUUCGAAAAGAGGCCGCAAGAAGAGGAAAGGCGUCGUUGCACCAUUCGCGUGCACGGGUUGUCAGGGGGCGUUCUAUUGUUCUCAAGACUGUCAGAAGGCAGACUGGGAGAACCACAAGCCGGCAUGUAAACAAGAACACCCUCAGCGCUUCACUAUCCUCAAAAUGGCAGGACGCCUUCGCAAAACCGAGAGCAUCAUGCUCAAACUGCGUAUCGCCAUCGCCUUCGACAUGCUCGACCAAAUCUCCCCCACCAGCAAGCCCUCUCACCACACGAUCAGAGAACAAUGCGUCUACCUGUACCUCCACCCGACAUCCCGGGAAUUAUUCGAAGCGAUGUCAUCCCCGCUAUACGACCUGAACGCCCUUAUCAGCCUCCCGGCGCCCCAGGGUCGCUUGCAGCUGGCCAUGGUCGGGCCCCCAGAUAUGAAGGAGCUCGACCACCCUUUGUUGGACGAGGUCCGCAUCCGGAUCUGGACGCGAAUGCGGGCGUUACUCGACGCGUCGGGGAACCGGGACGCAUUUGUGGUCUACACGCACUUUAUCUAUGGACCCAAUCCAUCCUGA